AUGGCCGCGGUGGCGAGCCCGGCCGAGCGGGCCGUCUUGGAAGAAGAAUUUAAAUGGCUUUUACGAGAGGAGGUUCACUCCGUCCUUCGUCAGCUGCAAGAGAUCCUGAAGGAGGCUUCUCACCGCUUUAAUUUGCCAGCCAGCAGCUCAGAAGGGCCCGUGAAACAGGAGAACUUUAUCCUGGGCAGUUCCAACGUUGACCAGGUGAAAGGAGUCCUAACGCUCCAGGGUGAUGCUCUGUGUCAAGCGGACAUUAACUUGAAAAUGCCCAGAAAUAACCAGCUGGUGCACUUUGCCUUCCGGGAUGACAAACAGUGGAAACUCCAGCAAAUUCAGGAUGCCAGGAACCAUGUCAACCAAGCGGUCUACCUGCUCACCAACCGGAGUGCCAAUUACCAGUUCAAGACGGGAUGCGAAGUUCUCAAGCUGAUGGACGCUGUGAUGCUGCAGUUGACACGAGCUCGGAACCGGCUCACCACUCCUGCUACUCUGAGCUUGCCAGAGAUCGCCAGCAGUGGACUCACGAAAAUGUUCACUCCCGCACUGCCCGGAGAUAUCCUGAUCAACUUCUACAUCAACCUAAAUAAGCUCUGCUUAACCGUCUACCAGUUGCAUCCUUUGCAGCCCAGUUCCACCAAGAAUUUCCGCCCAGCUGGAGGGUCCAUCCUGCAUAACCCCGGGGCCAUGUUCGAGUACGGAAACCAAAGAUACGAAGUCAGCCACGUGCACAAGGUGGAGAGUGUGGUGCCCUGGCUGAACGAUGCCCUGGUUUUCUUCACCGUCUCCCUGCAGCUUUGCCAGCAGCUCAAGGAUAAGAUUGCUGUGUUUUCCGGCUACUGGAACUAUCGGCCCUACUGAUCUUCCUGCAAAGUGUGGUCCGGUCAGUUUCAGCCACUCUCUCCCUGUGAAGAUCUCAUGAUAUAAACUGUUAACCUGUGAAGAACAUCCCGAUUCUGCCACUCCAUGGGUAGUAGCUGACGGGCAGGAGGCAACGCCUGCCAUCAGUGUCUUUGUAUUCAGAAUGUCAUUAUUUAUUAGCACUUUAGAAGUACCUUCAUUUCUUUCCAUGGGCAUCAAAGCCAGGCUGAGCCAAUAAACACUGGUCAAACUGCACCCCGUUUGGGGGAGGGUGGGAAGGUUGUUACAAACGGGAUGAAGAGCAGCCUUUGCUGACCUGCAUUGGGCUUCUCUCAGAAAGACCAACUAUGGGGUGGGUCACCUCUUGUUCCUUGUCAUGUUUUGGGUUUUGCUUUCCCUCCCGCCUGCCCAUACUCUAGCCUUUUGCACCAUCGUGAUAGUUCACUUCCAUAAAUGAAAGCGGACAGCUGGGUUUUUGGUAGUAGGUCACCCCCUAUUUCUUAGAAGCAGAAAGACACUGCUACUUCAUCAGGUCUUCCAGAGAACCUUUGCUGCCCACCAAACAGUAGAAAAGACCACAAAGUGGUCUUGUUAAUAAAACAAAGUUGAUUGCUGCUAAACAUACGUGAAUCCUAAUCCUUGCUCCUAGUAUUGUGUAUGGAAUAAACCUUUCCGGUUCUCG